AUGCUUUCAUUAAUACUGUGAUGUUCUGCUGUGUAGCACUAUUUGACAAAAAAUAGCUUCAAUGUCGAUCACAGCAGAAGGGGGCGUAUUCUAAAAGCUGUUUGAAAACUGUGUUUGUUUUUGCAAUUCCGUUCGAUGGCAUAAGUUGCACAAAUUACACACUUCGGCUUCAAGUAAAUAGACAGCAAAAUACAGAAAUAUAACACUAAUAUGACACAGUUGUGCUGCCCAGUUGUUGCACCUGUGUGUCUCUUGAAUUGAAUGUGCAAUAAACCUAAGCACCUUAAGAUGACGGCUGUGGAUUAAGUGCAUUAACAUGCAUUCUUGAAUACAUUUUCCAUUCAUUAUUAUAGCAAAUAGCACAACUACACAGGUGUGCUGAAAAUGGAUGUUGUAAUACAAUGCUUCAAUGAAGGCCUCAAUUGUGUGGUGGCGUGUUGGCUAUGAAGUGAGAUCUCAUUGUGAAGGACAAAUUUAAAAAACACAAAAAUAUAGUCAAGCUACUGAGUGCAUUUACAUGCACUUUAAAAGUUUGAUAUUGGUCGGAUUAAAGCAAUAAUUCAUCUUUUUAAUAUGUCAUGUAAACGCGUUCCAGUCCAGUUUUUGCUAAAUCGAACUAACUGAGGCUUAUUGUUGGCUGAUUGACGAUUGGCAUUAUCUAGUUUGACUAUUGGCAUCAUCACCUCCUCAGCUGAUGGUCUUUUUUUUUUUUUUUAGCGAUUCAAUUGUGCAUGGUGUCAUGUAUACUCGGACAGAGAGCUUAAGACUGUAGCUUGACAACACAAAUGCCAGCUGAUGUUCGACUAUAACUGCCCAUGUAAACGUACUCACUGUCAAGAUAAUCUGAACUAAUAGCUUUUAAUGCAUUCAGAUAACAUUCAGAUCAAUGAGGUCACAAAUGGUAUGUAUGAACAGUAACUUUUUGCUCUUUUUUUUUUUUUUUUCCUCUCCCCAAUUUGGAAUUCCUAAUGCGCUCCAAGUUCUCGUGGUGGCGUAGUGACUCGCCUCAAUCCAGGUGGCGGAAGACGAAUCUCAGUUGCUUCCGCGUCUGAGACCGUCAAUCUGCGCAUCUCAUCACGUAGCUUGUUGAGUGCGUUACCGCGGAGACAUAGCACGUGUGGAGGCUUCAAAAAUUCUUUGGCCAGUUCAUAAAUAAUUCGAUUUUAUGAUUUAUUUGAAAGAAUUAAAAGAACAGUUUCAUGUCUAUCCUUGUAUUUUUCAUCUGGUCGAGGUUGAUGAGGGUUUUAGAAAGUAAUUAGUAAUAAGUAAUGCAAUUACUUUUCAGACAGAGUAAUUAGUGCAGUAAUCUAAUUAUACUGUAGAAGAUGUAAUUAGCAGUUAGUAAUUAAUUACUUUUUUUUAGAGUAACUUACCCAACACUGACUGGUACUCGGUCCGAUACCAAAAACCAAUACCAUCUGACGUACGAAUGUCAUUACGUAAACAUUCAGCCCACAAAUUAAAAUCACGUUAUGUCCUAGUGAGAUUUAACCGCAAAAACUGUGAUUUAAUGAGAUAAAUACAUAGUUUGCAUGUAAUUCAAAUGUGAUUGCUUGAGAAUGUGUGGAGACAGUGUUGUGCUGAUGCCGGUUGCUCAUACCUGUUAAAGCUCCUCCUUGACUUAUAGAGGGAAAACACUGUCACGAGCGUCGCACGCUCUGUUUGUAGCAGAUGACUGUAAACAGAGUGCAAAUUCACAUUGUAGCGCAAGGCACAUACAGAGUACAUACUUAUUGAAUUAAAUAACAGCUUUUUGUGGUUUAAUAAUCACUGAGUCACGUAGCGACCGGUUUUCCAGAGUGGGAUGUUGCCGUCAUAACGUCAGAGCUCCUUGGCCAAAACAACACAGAAUCACUUCAAAAUAAAAGGGCUAUGUCUUCAGCAGCCACCACGCCCCCGUCGGUGGACAAGGUGGACGGCUUCUCCAGGAAGUCGGUCAGGAAAGCCAGGCAGAAGCGAGCACAGAGCUCGUCUCAAUUCAGAUCUCAGGACAAGCCCAUCGAGCUGGUGCAGCUGCCGCUGUUGAAAGAUGUUUCUGCGCAGGAGCAACCAGAGUUGUUCCUCAAGAAGCUGCAGCAGUGCUGUACUCUAUUUGACUUCACGGACACACUGUCUGAUCUCAAAAUGAAAGAGUACAAGCGAUCCACCCUUAAUGAACUGGUGGACUAUGUCACCGUCAGCCGGGUCUACCUGACUGAACAAACCUACCCUGAGGUUGUCAAAAUGGUGUCCUGCAAUAUUUUUCGGACUCUUCCGCCUAGUGACAGUAAUGAGUUUGACCCUGAGGAAGAUGAGCCCAUGCUGGAGGCCUCAUGGCCACACUUACAGCUCGUUUAUGAGUUCUUCAUUCGCUUCUUGGAAAGUCAGGAAUUUCAGCCCAGCAUUGCUAAAAAAUACAUUGACCAGAAAUUUGUAUUACAGCUCUUAGAGCUGUUUGAUAGUGAGGACCCUCGUGAGAGGGACUGCCUGAAGACAGUGCUGCACAGAAUCUACGGCAAGUUCCUCGGCCUCAGGGCCUUCAUCCGCAAACAGAUCAACAACAUUUUUCUUUGUUUUGUGUAUGAGACAGAACACUUCAACGGCGUAGCUGAACUGCUAGAGAUUUUGGGAAGCAUCAUCAAUGGUUUUGCCCUCCCGCUCAAAGCCGAACACAAACAGUUCCUGGUUAAAGUCUUGCUGCCUCUGCACACAGUGAGGAGCUUGUCUCUCUUCCAUGCCCAGCUGGCUUAUUGUAUUGUACAGUUUCUAGAGAAAGACCCCACGUUAACAGAACCUGUGAUCAGAGGCUUGUUGAAGUUCUGGCCAAAAACCUGCAGUCAAAAAGAGGUUAUGUUUCUUGGAGAGUUGGAGGAGAUUCUAGAUGUGAUUGAGCCCACUCAGUUUGUUAAGAUCCAGGAGCCGCUCUUCAAACAGAUUGCUAGAUGUGUGUCCAGCCCCCAUUUUCAGGUGGCGGAACGGGCGUUGUACUACUGGAACAAUGAGUACAUCAUGAGUCUGAUUGAGGAGAACUCUAGCGUCAUCUUGCCCAUCAUGUUUGCCAGUCUCUACAGGAUUUCUAAAGAGCACUGGAAUCCGGCAAUAUCAGCUUUGAUCUACAAUGUGCUCAAAGCAUUCAUGGAGAUGAACAGCGCCUUGUUUGAUGUACUCGCUGCCAAUUACAAAUCAGAAAGGCAAAGAGAAAGAAAGAAGGACAAGGAGAGGGAGGAUCUUUGGAGGAAGCUGGAGGAGCUGGAGCUUCGACGAGGCAUCCAGAACAGUUACGGCAUCAUUCCCACCUAACAUGGACCUUGCUCUGCCCUUCUUUGUGGCCCCAACCAAUCCCUUUCUACUCUGCCACAGGGACCCUGCCCCCACUUUGCUUCUCAUGCUAAAAACUUUACUGCAUACUCCCUCGUUCACUUCCUCCCUUUCAACAGUACUGUAAAUAACCCUCUCCCUCUUUCCUGUAUCAUGCUACUAAACUGCGAAGAAGAAGAAAAAAAAAGGAAAUUUUAAAAGGUUAUGUGUACUUCCAGGGAAGAGAGACUUCAUGUGCACUCCUUGUUGUAAAAAGUUAUGGUAAAAGAAUAAUCAACUAUGGUCAAAGGAUAUAUUUUAAAAGCCUUUUGGUUCAGAAAUUGUUCAGCGUCUUCAUGUUGAUAUUGAGUGUGAUGCCGGUGUUCUCCAAGGAAGUGUACUGGGCUCCCUCAUCAAGAAGCUUGAGGUGCCCACCUCCACCUUGUAUCUUUCCCCAAAACUAGAGACUUUUCCUAUCUAGAUUAAAUUUGACUCUCCUGGCACUGGGGGCACAAGCCAGAAACACCGUACUCAAAGCAGACAAGAAAGGAGACAUGAAUAACAGGAGUGAGAAAAACAAUCCUGUGGUGUUUUUUUUUUUUUUUUUUUUUUUUUUAACAGGAUGAUCAGAAUAUCUGAUCAGCUCAGUCCUUCACUGUACAGAAUGGACAGGUGCUUGUUUGCAGUUGGCACCUCUGAUGGGCCACUGUAGGCAGUGUUGUUACCUGCAUUCAAAUUAGAGGACAAACCUUUCCAAGGAUCUUGUGAACCAGUUAAUGAUCUGGUAAUAGAUAUUUUCCCUUUCUGCUCUGGAGACCUCUUGGGAAUUUCAAUGUGGAAAUUCACUAGUUACCAAGAGUGGCAACGCAGUUGUCCAUAUGGCUUCAGAUGAGCUCAGUUUCUCCGACACUAGAAAGAACUCAUGAAAUGUUGGUGGCGCACAGUGUUCAGAACUCAUCCAGUGUUUUUAAAACAGUUAAGUGACAUAUUUUUCAUAAAGAAUAUUCUGGACUGCUUUUCAUGGGCCACCCAGAUUUCCACUGCUCAGCUCUUCUAUUAGUUUUAUUUAAGGAUGGUUGGAUGCAGUCUAUAUGAUUGAGUUGAGCGAGACGAGGUUUAGAAUGAAAUCCUACCUAUGUUGGGGUUUUUAGGGCCUAUGUAGGUAAAAGCUGUUCCAGUAGGUCGUAAUCUCUCUUCUGAGAUGCCAGCCGCCAGGGCAGUCUAGAACUAAAAAGCACUUCAAGUUAGCCGAAUUAGUUGUUCUCAUGGGACUUCACUCCCUUUCUUCUCUUCUGUUUUUGAAGUCCCAACAAUUGUAGUUGUGGAUUUUACAUGUGCAGAGGAUGUAUUUUAUUAUAUCUUAUUUUUGGCUCAAUCAUGUGUGUCUCUUUCUCUAUCCUUGUUUUUAAACUGUCCCAAGCUGUGUUUUAUGAUGGCCCAAGUUUGAUAUGUACAAAAAAUUCAAAAGCAAGGGUUUGUUGAAUAGAAUAAAUCUAAUUAUUUUAAAAAAGA